UCUGUUUCGUCGAAUGUUUGAGUUUUAGUGAAAAAGUUUGAAGAAACAUUGACAGAGUUUAAAGAAAUCAUCGUCCAGUCGGAGGAAGAGAUGGAUGAUCAGCGCAGACUGCUUGAUUUCUCCCGGACUCCCCAGAUCAUCUUACACCGAAUAGAUUUCCUGCAAUGUCACAUUUAUAACCAGAAGGAGUUAGAACCUCUGCAGGUGAAACAGGAACAGGAAGAGCCAGAAGAUCAUCAGAUAAAAGAAGAGCAGAAUGAUCUACAACAUCAUGAGAUAAAAGAAGAACAGGAGGAUCUAGAACAUCAUCAGAUAAAAGAAGAACAGGAGGAUCUAGAACACCUGCACAUAAAAGUGGAAGAGAAAGAAGUUUACUGCAGUCAGGGUGAAGAACAGAUUGAAUUAAAACAGGAGACUGAUUCCUGCAUGGUGGUUCCUGUUGAUGAGCAAACAUACCAAACUGAAUCAGAACCAAAUGGGAAUCAAGACAUCUUAGAAAAGCCUGAUGAAACUGAGAACCAAUAUCAAGAAAGAAAAAAAUUAUUAAGUGUGACUAGUGGAAAGAGGUUUUAUCAAAACCAGAAUUUAACUCAGCACAUGAGGAUUCACAAAAAUCAUUCACUAUCAAAAGCUCAGCUCAGAGCCCUGAGGAGAGCCAGUCACCGGGACCCCACUCUGGAGCAAGGCCUGGAGGGAGUGUACGAUGGCGAGCGCCUGGUGGCCGGGCUCUUACCCAUGGAGCCCUGCUGGGCUCAGUCUGAAGAGGAGACAUGGGUCCCCCCUCCCAUGGGCCGACCACCUGUGAGAGGGGCCAGUGGGGUAGGGUGCAAUGUGUGA